AAACGGAAAUACUUAUCUCGGCUUGAAAAAAUAAAUAAAUAAUUAGACGCCUACAAUUUAAUAGAUUCCAUUUAAAGUUAGUUAAAUAAUUCUUAAAACUGCAAAAUGACGUGUGGAGCAUGUCGUGGACGCAAAGAAAAAGGUAUAAAGUGUCUGCUAGCAGCGCUGGAUAUGAUUAAAGAGCACGCCCUAAUGAUGCAACUUGAGGCGGAAGAGAGUGCAAAGUCUAUUGCAAGCCUGCAAACUGAUAAUAAAAAGCUGCAAGCUCAUAAUGAAAAGAUGCACCGGGCUAUGGAUCUCCUAAAGGAACGUCAGGAGUCCCAGGCCAUUGUCCAUACUGACAAGCGACGUAAAGUGUCGCCCAAGAAGUUGAAGGAAGAUAUUUCGCCACUUCCACAAAGCCAGAGUUCCCUGAACAUGAAUAUAGCGCUCACGAGCAUAGAUCUCCUCUCUGACGAAGACGCAGAAGAGCAGGAGGAAGAAGAAAGCAUAGCGGAAACAGAGCCUCCCUCCACUGGAAGUCCUCGCAAGCUCUGCAAGCGGCUGUAUCAUCGCAAGCCUGAUGUGAGGAACUUAGAGAAUGUGCAGCCCACUAGCGUGAGCAGUGAGAACCAAGUCUGGCUACGGAAGACACCAAAGAUGAUGACAAAGCUCUCACUGACACACAGAGGCAGCAGCCUACAAUUGAAGCAGACUCGCCUCAAAUUUGAUGGCAGCAAGGCAAGUGGCAGCGAUAAAGAUGUGAUUGAGGCCAGUCCCAACCCAAGCCCUGCUUCGAAACGUGCCCCGGCCUCACGCUCUUUGCUGCAAAGAAUCGACACCGGCAACGCCUUAAACGGAGACAAUUCCAUUCUGAGCAAGAGCAACAUCAAAAGAGUUGAGCCUAGCUUCGACAUGGUUAUAGAUGAUGACGAUGCGAUCGACAGUCAGCCUGUGGCUAGCCUAGAACUGCCAGUAAUGCCGCCACCUGUUUCACCUCCACACCUCAAGAUGAGCAGCUCAAGCGACAGCGUCGUGCUGCUCACUCCGGCCACUCAGGACAUUAUCUUUGUGAAUGAUAGCAGCGAAGCUUUAGACAAAAUCGGCACAAUGGAUGUUCUAGCUGAGAUUAUGAAGGAGGACGACGAUGCCUGCUCCUCCGCUCUGCUGCAGUACGAGCAGAUAAUGAUUGACCAACAGAAGCAGAAUCAACCCAAGCCAACAGAUCAGACUGCAGCCAGAGGCAUCAAAAAUGAACCAACAACACAGCCAAACGAGGAUCAAGGCAAUGAAUCAACAAGACUUUCUGAAGAUAUUGAAAAAUAUAUGAUGGAGGAGGACGACCAGGAAUCUGAUGACGAGAUUCCACGACCCAUAAUGCUAAAAGAGGAACCGAAAUUGUCCUUAAAAGAGCGCUUCGAAAUUGAAUGCAAGGAGUGCGAAAAGUUUAUAAACUUUAUGGCCCCUCAUUUGAAUGAUGAAAAGAUUCAACUCUAUUUGAGCACAUGUAAACAUUUCAAUGAUCUAAAUGCAUCGCCGCCGGGCUUCUGGAAUCCCCACAUGGUUUCCUUUGCCGAAGACGAUCCCCGCAAUGAGGUCCUGAUUGACGAUCGUUUUCAGCGAUUAAAAAAAUAACAUUGGAUGCAUAUUUCAAU